ACAAGCGAUUAUUUGGAAGCUUGCCGUGGCCGAAGCAGGUAGCAUCGCUCCCUAUUCCGUGAAUUUUGUGGAAACGUUAGUGUCGUAGAUCCACUUUAGCAAUUUUUUCGGUCCAUCUGACUUAUGUGAAGCAAUUGUUGACCCCUAUUUUAGUUUCGAAGAAAAAAAAACAAAUACACACACUUUUCAGGUGUGUGAUGUUGUAAGUUUGUGUUUGAAGCUGCGCAAACAUUGUGGUGUGAUAGUGUGUUAAUAAAAGGAACGCCUAAAGUGGAGGUGUAUAUUGAGCGCAGUCAGGAUAAUUUGUAGGCGUCCGUGCACCCUCCGAGAUGUAUCCGAACUCAGGCAUAAACGCGGCAGCGGUCGCGGCCCGCCAUCCGGGUCCACCGCAGUCUGCACAGCCAUUCAAAUUCACUAUAACUGAAAACUGUGAUAGGAUAAAAGAAGAAUUUAAUUUUCUACAGGCACAGUAUCAUAAUCUCAAAAUGGAGUGUGAAAAACUAGCUCAAGACAAAACGGAAAUGCAGCGACAUUAUGUAAUGUACUACGAAAUGUCAUACGGCCUUAACGUUGAAAUGCAUAAACAGACAGAAAUAUCAAAAAGAUUAAAUGCGAUUAUCACGCAGAUUGUACCGUUUCUGUCCCAAGAGCAUCAACAGCAAGUACUAACAGCAGUUGAACGAGCUAAACAAAUUACAAUGUCUGAAUUAAAUAGUGUGAUAGGGCAACAACAACGUCCUGAUUUACCUAGGUUAUUACAACAGAUGCAUGCUCAACAAAUUCCAGGUGCCCAUGGAGCGCCUCCGAUACCUGUUGGUAUGCCUCAUCCCAGCCUUGGACCAGGAGCACUAGGAGGUCCAUUAGCUCUUGGUAGCACGCCUCCUCAACAUCCGUUGGCAAUACUCAACAAACAGGAACUUCACAGACCCGAAGAAUCCAAAAGCAGUAAUAGUAAUAUAAUGCCAUUGGAUGAUAGACACAGAAGCUCAAUUUCUCCUUCAGAUCGCGAUAAAUAUCGCCCAAGAACACCAGAAUCUACACAUGAAUUGAAGAAGGUUAAGAAAGAAGAAAAAGACUUGGGACAUUCUGAUGGAGAAAAGUCGGAUCAGGAUUUAGUGGUGGAUGAUGCAUCUGAGACCAAUCCAAUGAGUCCAAUACCCAAUCAACAUCAUAAUGGAACAGCAUCGCCCCGUGAAAAUGGUAUGAUGCAAAAGAAGCUUGACGUACAGGACAGAGAUCGAAUUGGGACACACUCACCGCGAUCAGGUACAUCUUCGAAUGCAUCGACGCCUUCUAACAAAAAAUUAGAUGACAAACCAACCACACCUAUUGCAAAACCAGCUACCCCUACCAACUCGGUAGCAAGCAACGGCGUUCCGAAGGUUGUAAAUAAACCACCUGUUAUAAAUCCUGGAUAUCCACCAUACCUUGCCGGUCCGUUGAAUGGUGCCUCACACGAUCUUCAAGCAGCUGCUGCUGCCGCUGCAUAUGGCGGCCCGGGUGUGCACAAUAACCUUCCACAUUCACUAAACAACUACGCCCGCGCUCCGUUGGCGUUUGAUCCUCAUUCUCAGAUGCGUGCUCCUCUGGGUCCGAUUGGAAUUCCGGGUGGAAAACCUGCAUAUUCUUUUCAUGUGAACGCUGAAGGGCAAAUGCAACCGGUGCCAUUUCCUCAGGAUGCCUUAGUAGGACCAGGCAUUCCACGUCACGCUCGACAGAUUAGUUCUCUGAACCAUGGUGAAGUUGUAUGUGCAGUAACGAUCUCCAAUCCGACCAAAUACGUUUACACUGGUGGCAAAGGAUGCGUCAAGGCCUGGGAUAUUUCACAACCUGGAAAUAAAAGUCCUGUUUCUCAGUUAGAUUGUUUGCAACGAGACAACUAUAUACGUUCAGUGAAAUUGCUACCAGACGGGAGAACGUUGAUCGUUGGUGGCGAAGCGUCUAAUCUAUCGAUUUGGGAUUUGGCAAGUCCUACUCCAAGAAUAAAAGCUGAACUCACAUCCAAUGCCCCGGCAUGUUAUGCACUUGCCAUAUCACCUGAUUCUAAAGUAUGUUUUUCAUGUUGCUCAGAUGGUAAUAUUGCUGUGUGGGAUCUUCAAAAUCAAACUUUAGUUAGACAGUUCCAAGGACACACUGAUGGUGCAUCGUGUAUAGAUAUUAGUGCUGACGGUUCGAAACUUUGGACAGGAGGCUUAGACAAUACUGUGCGAUCAUGGGAUCUGCGAGAGGGAAGACAAUUACAGCAACAUGAUUUUAGUUCGCAAAUCUUCUCUCUUGGUUACUGUCCGACAGGUGAAUGGCUUGCUGUUGGAAUGGAAAAUUCAAAUGUGGAAGUUUUGCAUGCUACAAAACCCGAUAAGUAUCAGCUACAUCUUCAUGAAAGUUGUGUACUCAGUUUGAAGUUUGCUGCUUGCGGCAAGUGGUUCGUUUCAACGGGUAAAGAUAACUUGUUGAAUGCUUGGAGGACGCCAUACGGGGCCUCGAUUUUUCAGUCGAAGGAAUCUUCUUCGGUGCUAAGCUGUGAUAUUUCGGCCGAUGAUAAAUACAUCGUUACAGGUUCGGGAGAUAAAAAAGCUACUGUAUAUGAAGUAAUCUAUUAAAGUUGAUUCAAUGUAGUAUGUAAUGAGUAAACGAGAUUCGAAUCGAGAGGAAUGAAGAAAAACAUAAAAAUAAAAUCAAUUAAAAAAGAUAAAGAGAGAAAACCCAGAGAACGCGUGCCACGUGGCAGCAGGGAUAAUGUUGAAAUUCGGAAUUCCAAAACAGUGCAUUGAUAUAUAUUUCUUCGGUGCGAUGCUCCUACUCCAAAUCCAACUCCAACUGCUGCAUCUGCUGUAAGGUUCCUCUUCCCGACUGAACUAUGAAUCUCACAUAUUCUGCUAGCUGUAAACAUUAAUGAUUACAUUCGUGACCGGUAAAUUCAAUUGAAAAAGCGUUACAUUAAACUUCGUUUGUUAUGAUGAUGAGUAGAUGUACAAAAUAGGAUAAAAAUUAAAUAUAAUAUGAUUUUCCACAUUGGUAGCAGAGAUCUACGUUAAUUCGCCUACCUCACAAUUACCCCACCCCCUCCUCUUCGCUUUUUUUACACUUGGCUAUAUUCAUAGAUUCGUUCCAUAUACACUGGUUCAUCCCAGCCGAUUAAAAUUCAGAGGAGCAAGACGAAUUAAAUUGGAUUUAAUCUUCGACAUUCUUUGUAUAAAGAUAGUACGUGAAUAUUAGGUGAACUUUUUGAUAAGUAAAUAUAAAAAAAAAAUAUUUAAUUGA